GAGGUAACUCCGUUACACUCUUUGCGUUCGAGUAGCUGUUGCAGCGAGGAGUAGAAGGUCAUUUCGGCUUUUACCUCUCGUGAACUCGAGCUCUUAUUCUUGAAGCGAUGCGUUGGCUCAUUUGGACCGUACUCUCCACCUUGUUCAUGCUUUCCGCAGCUGCUGAAAUGGUCUCAUCCGAGCCCAACUUCGAAAUUGCGACGAAGGAUUCAAGGUUCGCUACCAGUUUUCCAGUCCGUGAGCUGUCAACUGCGCACAACGGCAAAGAGAAAAGCAGUCUGCGGGGCAACAGCAAUCAUGUACCUACUGAAGAUCUCAAGAGCACAGACGAAGAGCGAGGGAUUUUUGACUUCAUUUUGAACAAAAUCGUCAACCGCAUGUUCAGGCGAGCGUACAAUAAGGGAGUGACUCCGUGGAGCCUCCGUGCCAAGGCUAUGGGACGUGACACCGUCCUCAUUGGCGACUACAAAGUUUGGUGGGAGACUGUUCGGAAGACAGGAAAAAUGCCAAAAUGGAAGUACAGUGGGCCCAACUGGAACCAUGUGUAAAGUAGAAUCCACACACGUGCUACUAACGUUAAGCUCCAAAACAAUAAAUUCAGUCGCAAUUGCGGAUUUGCCGGA